GGUGUUGAAGUGAGGGUCUGAGGCAGGCAGCACAGGGCCAGGACACAGCACCAACUCUGUGUGUCCUGACAUCCACUGCUGGUGCUGAAGUGAGGGUCUAAGGCAGGCAGCACAGGGCCAGGACACAGCACCAACUCUGUGUGUCCUGACAUCCACUGCUGGUGCUGAAGUGAGGGUCUGAGGCAGGCAGCACAGGGCCAGGACACAGCACACAACUGUCUCCUGACGUGCACCGCUGGUGCUGAAGUGAGGGUGUGAGACACAUGCUGUGCUCAGCCCUCAGAGUCCUUGUUCCUUGGUGGAUCCUUCCCUCACCUGCUUGCUUGGUUCUUGAGUGUAGCAUUGAGGAAGACUUUCUGCCCCCUCACCCAGAAGGCUGGCCUGCAGCCUGAGUGGCCAGGAGCAGCAGAGCAGACUGUCACGGGUGUGGGGACCAAGGGCUGAUCAGAAGGACCACCACCACCUUGCUGCUGCCUUUUCCAGCCAUAGAGGAAAGGGAAAGGUUGAGUGUCAGGACUGUUGCACAAUUUGAUAGUUGAGAGGAAGUUCAUGAGAUGCAGCUUUGCACACACUGGUCAAGGGAACCAUGAGAGCCAAGAGUGUGAGAAAAGCCUCCCUGACAAGGGUGGCGGUAACUAACACACUCACUUACUCUGCUGAAAGAAGUAAUAGUUGUCAAGUCUGUGGGGAAAGUUUCAGUAAGAAGGGUAAACUCAAGACACACAUCCUUACACACACUGGUGAAAGAAAUCAUGAAUGUGAAGUUUGUGGGAAAAGAUUUAAUAAGAAGAGUAACCUCAACAGACACACCCUUACACACACUGGUGAAAGAAAUCAUGAAUGUGAAGUUUGUGUGAAAAGAUUUAAUAAGAAGAGUAACCUCAACAGACACAUCCUUACACACACUGAUGAAAGAAAUCAUGAAUGUGAAGUUUGUGGGAAAAGAUUUAAUCGGAAGAGUCACCUCAACACACACAUCCUUACACACACUGGUGAAAGAAAUCAUGAAUGUGAAGUGUGUGGGAAAAGAUUUAAUGAUAAGAGUAACCUCAACAGACACAUCCUUACGCACACUGAUGAAAGAAAUCAUGAAUGUGAAGUUUGUGGGAAAAGAUUUAAUCAGAAGAGUACCCUCAACACACACAUCCUUACACACACUGGUGAAAGAAAUCAUGAAUGUGAAGUUUGUGGGAAAAGAUUUAUUCAGAAGAGUACCCUCAACACACACAUCCUUACACACACUGGUGAAAGAAAUCAUGAAUGUGAAGUUUGUGGGAAAAGAUUUAAUCAUAAGAGUACCCUCAACACACACAUCCUUACACACACUGGUGAAAGAAAUCAUGAAUGUGAAGUGUGUGGGAAAAGAUUCCUUUUAAAGUCCUACCUGAAGACACACAGCAUAAGACACACUGGCCACAAAGGGUUCAAGUGUGAUGUUUGUGGGAAGCGCUUUAUGACCAGAGGUGAGAUUGCCAGACACGUGAAGAUUCACCUCAGACACGUGAAGAUUCACCUCUGAGGUGUUGUGCUGUGCUGCUGUAUGUGGGAGAGAGUAGGUGGUGGAGGUCGGCAGUGACUUGCAUAGGAAACAGAAAACAUAGCCCAGAUGGGGAAUCCGGGGCAGGUUGUGUGUGUGUAUUUACCUAUUUGUAGCAUACAGGGCCUGAGCUCAGUCUCGGACAGUCCUGUCUCCCAAACUAUAUUUUUCCAACUUUUCCUUCAUUUUUUAAUACUGUCCACUUCAACAAUGUAUUUGUUUAGCCUAUUCCAUGAAUCCACACUCCUGUAUGGAAAACUACUUUUUUAAUGUCUUUCGAAAACUCCCCCUUCUCAAUUUCUUGCUGUGUCCUCUUAGUUGCCUCCUCCUUUCCAUCUUGAUUUAGUCAUUUCUAU